AUGUCUGGUCGUGGCAAAGGAGGUAAAGGUUUAGGUAAGGGUGGUGCUAAACGUCAUCGUAAAGUCCUUCGUGAUAAUAUCCAAGGUAUAACAAAACCAGCUAUUCGCCGUUUGGCACGUAGAGGUGGUGUGAAACGUAUUUCUGCGCUUAUUUAUGAAGAAGUUCGUGGUGUAUUAAAGACGUUCCUUGAAUGUGUUAUAAAGGAUGCCGUUACUUAUACCGAGUAUGCUAGGCGUAAGACUGUUACAGCUAUGGAUGUAGUUCAUGCCCUAAAGAGACAGGGGAAAACAUUAUAUGGUUUUGGUGGUUAA